GCUACGAUAGAGCUUGAAGAAUUGCUAGCAAUAGAAGAAGGAAAAUUUCAUGAUAUCGUCGUGGCUGGCAUACAUGAAGACUACUAUUCUCUAUCACUGAAAACCUAUGCAAUGCUCUAUUUCAAAGAUAUGAGAGUGCCAUCUGCGAAGUGCCUUGUAAAAGCCGAUUCCGAUAAUGUCUUGGUGGUUCGUAACUAUGAGCGUCUCUGCGAGGAAACAAGUAUGGUCCUACAACGAAGCCGUACCAAAUGGAAAGUACCCGAAUCCAUCUACCCACAUCCACAAUUUCCUAUGUACUGCUCGACUGGGACGUACAUGCUUUGCGGUAAGGUACCUCAAAAUUAUCGUGAACUAAAAACUCAUUUAAGGAUGCUACCUGAAGAUGCGCUGUUCACGGGAAUCUUCGCCGAAAAGGCGGGUAUCCGACGAAAGCAUGUAGGCGGAAUGUCAUUCAUCGAUGCACCAGAAUACAUUUGCCGGGAGAGCAAGCACACCUACAGUAUCCAUAUGAAUCGGGCCAAAGAUCCACAACGAUACUUCCAGCGCCUAAUUUCAAUGGAAGGUUUCCCAUGUCGCCUUUCUUGA